AUGUCGCCAUCUCCUCCACCACCCCCUGCGCAAAGCCCGCCGCCAUCUCCUCCACAACUUCCUGUGCAAAGCCCGCCGCAAUCUCCUCCACCACCUCCUGCGCAAAGCCCGUCACCAUCUCCUCCACCACCCCCUGCACAAAGCUCGUCGACGUCGUCUCCUCCACCCUCGGCACAAAGCUCGUCGACAUCGUCUCCUCCAUUGAUGCCUGCGACAGAGAGAAAGACAUUGAGUUGUGCGGCUGUGGCCACAGAGGUAGAGAAUCCAUCACAGAUGGUUUCCCUAGAAGAUGAUGAGGAUGAUGUUGACGGGCCGAUAUUUCCUUUGAAAAGGCCACCAGAGAAUGUUGAUAGGGUCAAGAAGAGAGCUAAGGUGGAGGCAGUGAAUGACCUGGCCACUUUGCAGAGAGUAGAGAGGGAGAGAGCAGAGAAUGAGAAAGUCGAAAUGGAGAAGGCAUAA